AUGUCUAUUGCGAGACUGUCGAUUGCCCUAGUGGCAUGUUUUAUUGUGACGGGUCAAGCUCUCCCGACCGAAGAGGGCCGCGCAUUAAACUCGCAUACGAAUUCUGUGCAGAAUGAAAACGACUUGCUGGACAGCAUUUAUGUCGAUUGCGCGCGCAAGGAUUCGGCGUCGUGCGUUAAAUACAAGGUGUUCUCAUUUGUUGAUAAGUUACUCGGUCAAAAAGAUACUUUCACUCUGGCCGAAGGUGUGACCGUGGUCAAGACCCCUGGAGCCGAGGCCGAAGGUGCGCCUCGCGCACUUGACACUGAUGCAUCCGUGGAGACCAUGGCAAUGGAUCGUUUACAACGUUUGCUCGAAACUCACACACUAAAAGUUGACCUAAAAGGCUCUGACAUCGUCGGAGUAGUGUCGUCAGCUGGACGCGCUUUGGAAGAUGCUGCCAGAAGUUUUGUGGGCGAUGAUGCUCUGGUCGAAGAGAGUCGUGGCAAGAAAAAGAAAGCUCAAAAAUUAUUAGGCCCACUGAUGAUGGCCGUUGCAUUAAAAGCGGCCGCGCUUGUGCCAUUGAUGCUAGGAGGCAUUGCGCUUAUCGCAGGAAAAGCUUUACUUAUUGGUAAAAUAGCUUUGGUCAUAUCUGCUAUUAUCGGAUUAAAGAAACUGCUUUCCGGAGGCGGAAAGCAUGUUACGUACGAAGUCGUCGCUCAUCCACAUCACUCCUCGAGUCAUUCGAGCAGUCAUGGGGGUGACUCGUACGCUGCCAUCGGUGGCUCCUCGGGCUUCGGCAGUGACGGCGGUUAUGGCGGUGGAAGCAGCUCCGGACACGGAGGAUGGGGUCGAAGUGCGGACGCGCAGGAUUUGGCGUACUCCGCUCAAAAGCCACAAUAA